AUGACCACCAAGUCUACUCCCAAAGACCUCAUUGACUCGUUUCCGCACAGCAAACUCACCCCGAUUGCUACCGCGACAACCGAACCCGAUUACUUGUCGCUCCAUCAGCUUCAGUAUGAAAUCAACGACAAUGCGGAGACCCUUUCCUCCACUCUUGGAGAUGGCCAACACGGUCACCUUUUUCUCGUAAUUUCCGAAACCGAGUACCUCGAAAUGACCGACGGCAUUCCAUGCAUUCCUCCUGUGCAACCGCCUUUCGACCCAGUUCACGCUGCCAACGCCACAGCCCCUCAAAUUGUCGAAGCGAACCGCCAGAACGACAAACGACAAAAGCUGUUUGACCUCUAUCACAACGCCAUUAAAGCGUUUCGCAAUCAACUCCUUGAAGCCAUUCCCAUUGAAUACAUCAAAUCUCUCGGUCAUCCUACACGAGGCUUUAACAAAGUCUCUCCCCUCGAAAUCCUUUCUCAUCUCUGGGAAACUUUUGGUAAAAUUCAGGCUUCGGAUCUCAUCGCCAACGACGAACGCAUGAAAGCCGCCUGGCAUCCACCAACGCCUAUCCAGCAACUCUUCCAGCAGCUUGAAAAAGGCAAUCAGUUUAUCAUCGCGUCUGGCCAAGUCAUGGACGAACGUAUUAUCGCUCGCAUCGGCUACCAGAUCAUCGAAAAAACCGGACUCUUUGAUCUUGCUUCUCGCGACUGGCGUUAUAAAGAUGAAGCCGAUAAAACUUUGGCAAAUUUCAAAAAACAUUUCCAGAAGGCCAACAAGGAUCUCGCCGUCACCGCCACCAGCAGCUCUGCGGGUUACCACACCGCAAAUCAGAGUACUGUCACCAAGGGAAAAUCGUAUUGCUGGACCCACGGCAUCGUUCACAACACAAAGCACACCAGUGCGACAUGUGAAAAACAGGCCCCGGGGCACAAAACCGGCGCUACAUUGCAUGACAAACAAGGCGGGUCGACUAAGACCUAUCAAUACACGCCACCGUCUUCAGUUGCACCAAACACUCCUCCGUUAGCUUCCUCCCCGCCAUUUUUCCCUCCCGACGCCAUUGCAGACACUGGCUGUACCGGACAUUUUUUGAGCACCAACAUUGCUCACAUACAUUGCCAACCGACGGUCCCCGGCAUCAACGUGGUCCUCCCUGAUGGUCGCACAAUCACUUCGAGUCAUAUCACCGAACUCAACAUUCCCUCGCUUCCUCCGGCAGCUCGUACCGCCCAUAUCUUUCCCGGUCUCUCGAAUGGAUCCCUCAUUUCCAUUGGCCAACUUUGUGACCACGGCUGUACCGCCACGUUCACAUCUGACACAGUCCGCAUUGAGCUCAAUAACACUGUCGUUCUCCGCGGCGGCCGUUCUCCUUACACCCGAUUGUGGACCCUCGACUCCCCUGUAACGCCCAAUCCGCCCGCCACUGAAUUGCAUGCGCCUGUGCACGACAAAAAUUUUGCGAAUCACCUCGGAGACCACUCAGGGACCCUUGCCGACCGCAUUGCCUUUGUUCAUGCAUCCUUAUUCUCACCACAACUUUCAACAUGGUGCAAGGCCAUUGACGAAGGCCACCUCACAACCUUUCCGGACAUCACGUCUGCACAGGUAAAACGGCACCCCCCCCAGUCCGUCCCUAUGGUCAAGGGACACCUUGACCAGCAACGGUCCAACCUACGCUCAACCAAGCCCAAGGUCACCCUGUCUGCCUCUGUUGAUCCUGACGACAUCAAUUUCGACACCAAUCCCGUCGUACAAGACCCUCCAGCCGCCAGGACGCAGUUUUUGUACGCCGAUUUCGCCGAAGUCACCGGAAAAAUUUUUACUGACCCUACCGGCCGCUUUGUUACCACUUCAAGCUCCGGCAAUGCAUACAUGCUAGUGGUUUAUGACUACAAUAGCAAUUUUAUUCAUGUCGAAGCCAUGAAGAACCGCACCGGUCCCGAGAUUUUGAGCGCCUACAAGCGUGCUCACGCCAUGCUAUCCUCCAAAGGUUUGCGCCCCCAACUCCAACGCUUAGACAACGAAGCCUCCACUGCGUUACAACAAUUCAUGUCCUCUGUUGACAUUGAUUUUCAAUUAGCUCCUCCGCACGUGCACCGUCGGAACGCCGCCGAACGGGCAAUCCGCACGUUCAAAAACCACUUCAUUGCAGGUUUGUGCAGCACCGACAAGAACUUUCCGCUUCACCUUUGGGAUCGCUUACUCCCACAAGCCAUCAUGACUCUCAACCUUCUUCGAGGGUCUCGUAUCAACCCAAAUCUGUCGUCCUGGGCCCAACUCCAUGGCUUGUUCGACUACAAUCGUACCCCUUUGGCUCCCCCGGGCAUCCACGUACUUGUACACGAAAAACCGACAAUUCGCAGAACUUGGGCCCCCCACGCAGCCGACGGCUGGUACGUUGGUCCCGCCAUGAACCAUUACCAAUGUUAUCGCGUCUGGAUCAAGGAGACCACCAGCGAACGCAUUUCUGACACUCUGACAUGGUUUCCCAGCCAAGUCAAAAUGCCCAGCACCUCGUCUCGCGACACAAUUGUCGCUGCUGCUCACGAUCUUGCCCAUGCUCUGGCACAUCCAUCUCCCGCGUCCCCCUUGUCGCCUCUUUUGGUCCACGAACGCGAAGCCCUCUCGCAACUUUCAGAUAUUUUUUCGAAAGCCGCUAACCCAGUUGACUCGUCCCUCCCAGUUGCUCCCACGGCAACCCUAAGUCCGCCAACUGCAUCGACUUCUUCACCUCGUCAAGUCCGCUUCCGAGACCCGGUCACUGAAUCACUUCCGAGGGUGCCGACCACCACAGCCGCCCCUCCGCAGUCACUUCCGAGGGUGCCUCCCCCAAACUCCGAGGCCGAGACAUACAAGCUUGUCACCUGCAACCCUCGCCAAGCACGUCGUAGGGCCGCUCGAAAACUGAAAGAAAAAAUUUCCGCUUCAACAUCCGUUGUUCCUACCCAAGCAACACCUGCACCCGUCGUACCUUCUCCCGACAAGUUCUUUGGUACUAUCAAUCUUGUCACAACGGAUUGGGAAAGUAUCAGUCUUGUCACAACGGAUUGGGAAAGAUUUAGUAGGCCCAAUGGAAUUAUCAACACAAAGUUCCGUCCUUUACGCCGACCACUUUGCAACUGCAAGAAACCUCCGCAGCUGUCUUUGAGCAUCGGUGAAAUCAUGACAGCUUCUUGCUUUUCGUUUUUUAUGCUAUUCUUCCUAUCAACUGUCGACACAGUGGAAGGCGAGGCGAUUGUAACAACUCGAGGUGCCGAUCGCGAGCUAGCAUUGGUAGGUGCUACCUGUGCAGAUGUUAUAAAAGAAAUACGCUCCCCACGGUUCAAUAGAUGUACGUGCAGUCUUGCCGGUAGCACAGGGGGUGCAACGGUGAAUGCUACAUGCCGAGGUUGCUCCGAAGUAUGCAUCCUUGGAGCUUGUGGAUCGGGAUAUGACCAGGUCUCUUACGAGUUCGAGACCGACGGAAGUGCUACCGGAGAAAGACGACAGUGCUUCGAGUACGUCUCAGGGGUGAACGGUACGAUUUGUCGAAUCGAAAACCGCUUGAGAACCUCGUGUGCGAUUACAUUGGACAAUGAAGCAUGCAGCUCAUGUGAAAUGCGCGAUUGUGGCGAGAAUGCCAAUGGUAGCCAGUUGCCUAGGCAGGCAUUCGCAAACUGUACAAAUCUCUUGGGAGGGGAUUUUUUUGACUUUUGUGAACCUGUUACCGUCUCCGACACGUCAUCAGCGUUCAUAGCGAUGGACUCCACUUUUGCGGAGGACAUUGACGAAUGCAACAGCGGCAGCACAGCACAUAAGCUAUACUUCAACGCAUUAGGAUCCCUCUCUAUGGUUUCGGCUUGGCUCAUAUUGCAAACGCAAUAA